GAGUUGGGUUAUUGUGAAUGAUACGUAUGUGGUUUUGAUUAUUCUUCACUCCACCCACCUUAUCAUUAUCGCAUGACAAAGAAGAGAGAGAAAGAGGAGAGAGAGAGAGUGUGGAGUCCCUUGGGUGGGUUGGAGGGGUAAUGAUGGAUGACGGAUCGGUAGUGGACUCAGCAUCUCGUUUUUGUACCGGCGCAGGGGGGGGGGGAAAGAGACACGAGAGGGACAACAGAGAUGGAGGAGAUAGGACCAGUUUGGAGAGAGAAACACCUAAAACAGCAAAAGAGAGAGAAAGUAGUCCUGUUGAUUGAGAGGAAUCGCAUCCUGCCGGUGUUCAUUGAGAGAGAGUAAGAUGUUGCACUCAGGUCACGACAGAACUGAAAGACGAGAGAGAGAGAGAGAGAGAGAGAGAGAGAUAUUUCGUGUGGUGUGGAGAAUAUGUGCCCCCCACCAGGACCAUGCGGUCCCAAACACCUCCGCCCUUUCAACAUUAAUAACACUCGCAAUUAAGCAAAGAUCGAUGCCCCUCGUCCACCUUCUUCCUCCGCCGAUUGGCGCGCGCGUUCAUCAGCAGUUGGCAGUCGGCACCACCAAAUGCCUACUCCGCUGAGCGCCGUCCGCGCCUCCCUCUCCAACGACUGCGCCGCGCUACUCGACGACGCUUCGCUGUCAGCCCGACGCCGGUCCCACCCCCAGACGACGUCCCUUCACCUCGUCUCCGCGCUCCUCUCCCGCCCCUCCUCCCCCCUCCGCGACGCCCUCUCUCGCUCCCGGCGCACCUCUGCCUACCGACUCCAGUACCGCGCCCUCGACCUCUGCUUCUCGGUCGCCCUCGACCGCCUCCCCUCCUCCUCCCCCCACAGCACGGAGCUCCCUCCGCUCUCGAAUUCUCUCGUGGCCGCCAUCAAGCGGUCGCAGGCGAGUCAGCGUCGCGCUUAUUGUGACCCGUUCUGUCAGCCGAAUCAGUCUCAGCUGCAGAAUCAGCCUAUAAGUUCGGUGAAGGUCGAGGUGCAGAGUCUGAUUUUGGCGAUCCUCGAUGACCCGGUGGUGAGCAGGGUGCUGAGCGAGGCCGGGUUCUUCAGUCAUGAGAUUAAGCUCGCCAUCGAAAGGCCCCCUGUUUCGUUUUUCCCGAGAAAGAGCAGACCGCCACUGUUUUUACCCAACCUAUCUGAACCAGAGCAUGGCGGGAGGCCCAUCUUCCCCUUCCAGCUCCCACCUGAAGGUCCCGAGAAGCUUGCUGAUAUAUUUUUGAAGAAGAAGAGGCGUAACCCGGUUCUUCUUGGGAUGGUUUCAGGCUCAGGCGAUGGGUUGGUUAAAGAAUUUGUUGAUAGUUUGGAGAGAGGAGACGUUGAGAAAGAGCUCAAAGGAAUGGAGUACGUGUCCUUUGAGGAGGUGGGGGGAGAGGAAUUGGGCGAGAAAGUGAAGGAAUUGGAGAGAAUUGUGGUGUCAUCGAGUUCCGGCGUGAUUCUUGGGCUGGGGGAUUUGGGGCGGCUCUUCGAUCAGUUUUCGAAUGCUUCCUCUGUUAGCCAUGGAAUCAAUGGUUUAACAAAGUUGAUGGGUGUUUAUGGUUCUUCAGGACGGUUAAGUUUAGUUGGAUUGGCUACUUAUGAGGCCUAUUUGCAGUGCCAGACAUUUUAUCCUUCAAUGGAGGAGGAUUGGGACUUGCAUCCUCUCCCUGUCAGCUCCCUAAGGUCGCCUUUCGGGUCGUUGCCUCGGUCUAGCUUGAUGGAGUCGUUUGUUCCCUUUGGUGGAUUAUUUGCAACAGCAUCUGACUUAAGGGGUUCUUCUGUUGGUGCGACAAACCAAACCACUGUUCGUUGUCAACAGUGUAAUGAGAAGUGCGAACAAGAAGUUGCAGCUAUAUCCACGACAUGCUCUAGUUCACUGCCUGAUCAGGCCCACCCUAGCUUUCCACCGUGGCUACAAAGAGCUAACUUCCUACAGGCCAAAGAUGAUCAUGCAAUGUUAGAUGUUAAAGUUAAGGGCCUACAAAGAAAAUGGAAUGAAGUAUGCUAUCAUCUUCAUAGUGGUACCCAGAUAACCAAGCUCGAUAACUCUAGCAAGCCGGUCAAGGAACCUAAGGAGCAAGUUAAUAGCAGUAUUACCACUAACACCACAGGAGGCAUAAACUCCAGUGGGUUAGAGAUAUCACAAGAUUUGCAGGGAAUUUCUAUGCAAAAUAUCUCAAUGACAUCGCCAAUGGAAGGCAAUUAUACAUCAUCUAAGUCAAAUAUAGGACUGGAAGGGCAUCAACCCUGGAAUUUUUCAUCCCAUACCAACUUGGGUAACCCUGAAAGAUGUGCAUCGUCAUCAUCUGUGAAUUCAGUCACCACUGAUUUAGCAUUGGGAAGAAUGUAUAUUCCUCGUGAUGAUGGCAAUGAUGAUGAUGGCUUAAAGCAUGUCAUGAUUGCCCAUAACGAGCGCAUAAAGGACACCUCUGAUUGCAUUCCAUCCAUGACAAGCAUGAGUCAUGGACAUGCACCCACGAACCCAGUUGUGCAUUUGAGGACCUCUGAUCAGCCAGUUUUUCGUUGGAAGACAUCUAGUCAGCCAAGUUUGCCUUUGAAAACCUCCGAUAAGCCUGCAAACCUUGAUGUAAACUGCUAUAAAGAAGUAUACAGUGCCCUAUUAGAAAAAGUUGGAAGGCAAGAUAAGGCUGUGCUUGCAGUUAGUCGUUCAGUGGUCCAAUCCCGAACAGGCAAUCAAAGGCGUCGUGGGGCAUGCUUGAGAGGAGACGUAUGGCUCACUUUGUUGGGUUCAGACCAUGUUGGAAAGAAAAGGAUCGCAAAAGCUCUCGCCGAGAUCAUAUUUGGCAAUGAAAAUAGCUUGAUUAGUGUAGAUUUGAGCUCCUUAGAGAUUAGUGGGUAUGAUAUGAGGUUUAGAGGGAAGACUGUAUUGGAUCAUAUCACUGAAGAGAUUAGCAAGAAACCCUUAUCAGUCGUCUUUCUGGAGAAUGUUGAUAAGGCAGAUAUGAUGGUCCAAAGUGGAUUAUGCCAAGCAAUAAGGACUGGUAAACUUUCGAAUUCUCAUAGGAGAGAAUUCAGCAUCAAUAAUGCGAUAUUUGUGACAACUGCCAAGGCAGCAAAGGGUAAGGCUUUCAUGAAUGGGAAAGAAAUGUUCAAAUUCUCGGAGGAGAGAAUUGUAGCAGCCCAACAAUGGGAAAUGGAGAUUUUGUUGGAUCACUCUUCUAAGAAUCAAGUGGACCAUUCUUUUGGUAUUUUAGUGGACCAUGCAAAAAGGUUAGUGGUUAGAAAUUUCAGAGAAUCAAGUGAAUCUUGGAAUAAAUGUGAUAGUCCAGCUAAACGCAAAUCGCGUGGCCAGACAGAGAAUGAUGCGUCAUUGGAUAGUCCCAAAAAAUCUCCAAGGUCUUCAGUUUUGGGCUUCGAUUUGAAUCUCUCUGCUGAGGAGAUUGAGACAAGCCAUGAAACUGAACAUGGGGAUGAUGAGACUGGUUCUUUGGUUGAAAAUUCAGAUACUUGGAUUGAUGAGUUUCUUGAUUCAGUAGAUGAGGUGGUGGUUUUAAGGCCUUUUGAUUUUGAUGGGCUUGCUAAUGAAAUAUUAGAGAAAAUAAGUGAAAUAUUUCGAAUGAUAGUAGGAGCUAAAGUUUUCAUGGAGAUUGAUUUGAGGGUCAUGGAGCAGAUACUUCGGGCUGUGUGGUUAUCAGAUGAGAGCAAAGAAUUUGAAAAGUGGGUAGAGCAGGUUCUUGGAAAGAGCUUAAUGGAACUCCAUGAGAGCAAUGAUUUCUCAGAUCAUACAGUUCUUAAACUUGUAUGUGAAAAUCGCUGUUUGGAAGAGCAGACGCUUGGAGUUUGCCUUCCCGCAAGGAUUAAUUUGAAUGUAAAUAUUAGAACUUGAUGUAACUUAGAUGUAUAUUAGUUUGUAAUAGCAAUAUGGUUCUCGUUUUUCGCUCUCCUAGGUUGUCAGUCUUGUAUCAGAAAAUAUUAGGCCUGAUAAUCCCAUAUUUUUUGGGGCUUUACCAAGUUUUCGCUUAUUGAUUGUAUCUAUUGUAGCCUUAGAACUUAUGCUUUGUUCCCAUUUGUGACUUUAUGAAGUAUCUUCUCACGUUUUUCAA